CUUGUCUUUAGGUGAUAGCUUUGAAGAGUUCUGGCCUCUCUGACCGAGUCUCAUUUCCGUUCAAUUCAUUUCUGUAGUCCUCCCUUUGUCUUUCCACCUUCAACAUGACGAUUAACGACACCCGGACUGGGAACAGCAUGAACGAAGGGCUAUUAAAUAGUGCGACUGAACGACAGACUCACAAUGGUAUUGGCUGUGAGACAAGAACUAGUGUGAAGGAUGUGUUGGAUCCAAUCGCGAUUAUCGGAUUCUCCUUUCGAUUUCCCCAGGACGCGACAUCAACAGAAGCCUUUUGGCGGAUGUUGGUGGAAAAAAGAAACGCCAUGACUGAAUGGCCUGAAGAGCGAUUGAAUCUGGAUUCAUUUUAUCACCCUGAAAACGGGCGCAAAGGAAAUUUUCCAGUUCGUGGCGCUCAUUUCUUGAAUGAGAACCCUGAGGCAUUUGACGCACCAUUCUUUUCGAUCACCACAAAAGAAGCGUGCUCAAUGGAUCCCCAGCAGCGCGGUCUGCUAGAAACAGCAUACACCGCGCUUGAAAAUGCUGGUAUAACGAUGGACGCCGCCUACGGCUCGAAGACCUCAGUAUUCACCGGAUGUUUUCAUGACGACUACAAAUCCAUUACCGGGAAAGACCCAGAGGACUUUCCAACAUAUGCAGCUACCGGUCUUUCGCAAGCAAUGCUCGCUAAUCGUAUUAGUUGGUUCUUUAAUCUAACUGGAACUAGCGUAAACCUAGAUUCUGCAUGCUCGAGCAGCAUGAUUGCACUUGACAUGGCAGUUCAGGGACUACGGUCAGGGGAUUCAGGCAUGGCUUUAGUGGGGGGAACCAACUCCAUACUAGGCCCUGAUUCCUUCCUCUCACUUACAAAUAUGAACUUUCUUUCCCAUGACAGUCUCUCAUACAGCUUUGACGAGAGGGGAAAUGGUUACAGCAAGGGCGAAGGCCAUUGUGUUAUCAUUCUCAAGCGAGUUUCUGAUGCCAUCCGCGAUGGGAACACCAUCCGCGCAGUAAUUAGAUCUACGGGCUCUAACCAGGACGGACACACUCCAGGAAUCACCCAGCCAAGUGCUACAGCGCAAGAAACACUCAUACGAGAUACUUAUCGCAAGGCAGGCCUUGAUCUUGUAUCGACGAAGUAUGUCGAAGCACAUGGCACUGGCACUGCCGUUGGCGACCCCCUCGAAGCAAGCGCCAUCUCCAACUGCUUUGGCAACCCGGAUACCAAUCACCCAGUCUACAUUGGAGCAGUUAAAUCAAAUAUUGGACAUCUUGAAGGUGCCAGCGGGUUGGCGGGCAUUAUCAAGACUGUGCUAAUAUUAGAGAGGGGUGUGAUACCCCCAAAUGCCAAUUUUGAAAAUCUUAACCCUAAGAUUAAUUUUGGCUCCUCUAAUGUCAAGAUCUCAGAGCAAUGCGUCCCCUGGCCUACUUCAGGCCUUCGCAGAGCAUCGGUUAAUUGCUUCGGCUUUGGUGGAGCCAACUCACAUGCCGUUUUGGAAGAUGCCUACCACUUCCUUCGCCUUCGAGGCCUGAGGGGGUUUCAUUGCACAACAGUGUCUCCUCCUUCCUUGGAUGAGGUAUGUCGCGCCCAACGACAGAUUGACACACCGUAUCUGUCGACCUGGGGCAAGGAGAAGGCGUCUGCCUGGCGUACGAAAAACGCCUAUCCCCAGAUAUACGUAUUUUCAACUGCAGAUGAAGGCGGAUUGACCAGACUCUCCACCUCCUACAACGAUUACCUCAUGCAUGUCAUGGCUACCUGCAAAAAGGACGCCAUUGGCCCUUUCCUGGAGAGCUUAGCCUAUACGCUCAGUGAGCGCCGCACUAAGCUUCCUUGGAGGUCGUUCGCGCUUGCAAAUAGCAUCGAAGAACUGCGCGAACUGAAGAUUUCACCUGCCGUUCGUUCGAAGACAAUGCCCAGGAUGGGGUUCAUAUUUUCGGGCCAAGGCGCCCAAUUUGCUGGCAUGGGCAAAAACCUACUCGGUUACCCUGUCUUCAAAGCUAGCGUCUUGCGAUCGCAGACUUUUUUGCAAGACCUUGGCUGCCCCUGGACUAUCACUGAAGAGUUUCUCCGAGGGAAGGCUACAUCAAAUAUCAAUCUACCUGAAUAUAGUCAGCCACUCUGCACUGUUCUUCAGAUUGCAUUGGUAGACCUGUUUAGAGAUAUUAACUUGGUGCCUUCCACUGUCGCUGGCCACUCUUCAGGGGAAAUUGCCGCUGCUUACUGCAUUGGCGCUCUCUCUCACCGAUCUGCCAUCAAAGUUGCGUUCUUUCGCGGCAUGGCUGCAGAAUCGCUCAGAACCUCUGGGAGUGUUCGUGGCUCAAUGAUUGCAGUAGGUUUGUCGUGCGAGGCCGUCAGCAAAUACCUACCCUUAGAUAACAGCAUCUGUGUGGCUUGCAUCAACAGCCCCGAAAGUGUAACUCUUAGUGGUGAUGACUGCUCGAUGCCAGAUCUCAAGGCAAGUUUAGAUCAAGACGGGGUAUUUGCGCGAAAACUCCAGGUCGACGUUGCAUACCAUUCUCACCAUAUGGAACAAAUUGCUGACUCUUAUGGUCGGUCUCUCCAUGAUCUUGAAAGAGGGGAGUUUACCGACAUUCAAAUGGUUUCAUCGGUUACCGGGAAAGCAAUCAGUCGAGAACGACUGUGCACUCGAGAAUACUGGGUCAAAAACAUGGUCUCACCUGUCCGCUUCCAUGAGGCGGCUACUAAAAUCGCUGCCGGAUUCGCGGCGCUCGGUAAACCUGGUGUAAAGACAGCAGUUCCAGGUGUCAGCAGUCUUUUGGAAAUUGGGCCGCAUUCUGCGCUCAAGAAGCCCGUUGAAGAUAUCCUCAAAGCAAUUGAACACCCCCCAGACAUCGCGUAUUACUCCGCCUUAACCCGAGGGCAACCUGAUUUCCAAACGUUAGCUGCCACGAUUGGGCAUCUUUUCUGUCGUGGACACUCUCUCAGCAUCGACCGUUUUAAUCGACCAGCAUGCACCGAGUCCAGCCCAACUCUCGCUAGUGCGCCUGAAUACCCUUUCAAUCAUUCCCAAAAGUACUGGCGCGAAAGCAGGCUCAGCAAAGAAGGCUAUCGAUUCCGAAAAGCGCCUCCGCUUGAUCUCCUUGGAACUCCAGUUCCAGAUUGGAAUCCACAGGAAGCACGAUGGCGGAGAUUCAUGAAAGUGUCGCAGCUGCCUUGGAUUCAGGAUCAUAUCAUUAAUGGUACGGCAAUCUACCCUGCUACCGGGAUGAUUGUCAUGGCAAUCGAAGGUAUACGCCAACUCUCUGGUACAAGGCGGCCACGAGCUGGGUAUUCUCUUGAGAAUGUAACUUUCCAUCGCCCUAUUACGGUACGCCAGGGUGAAGACGGCGUCGAGACGGAACUCUAUCUUCGAUCGCUUGGAAACCCUUCCGAUAAAGAACGCACCUGGUCUGAGUUCAGGGUCUUCUCUUUCGAUAACGGAGACUGCGUAGAACACUGCCGUGGGAAUAUUCGCGUGGACUUUACCGAUUCCACCGACGAGGCCCAUUUCGCCAAAGAGAUUAUGGAAAAGACAAAAGCACAUAGGGCUCAAUACCAAAACAUGGUGGAUCGAUGCACCCGGCCUGUUCACUCGCAGACCAUAUACGAUCAUCUUAACACCUGUGGAUAUGAAUACGGGUCGGCAUUCCAAGCCCUUGACGAUGUUCACGGAAGUACAGACACCGAAUCUGUGGCGACCGUCAAGGUAUUUGACUGGAAUGCAAAAGAAACUGCCAACCAUGUGCAGCCUCAUGUCAUUCACCCCGUCACGCUCGAUGCGGCUGCACAGCUCAUGCUCGUAGCGCUAGCAAAGACUGGUCUGGACGUUAUUCCAACGACGAUUCCUACCCGAGUGUCGAAACUUUGGGUCUCGGAGACGGGGUUAAACUGCUUCGACGCGAAGAAAGUCCUUGCAUACUCUCGGGCCAAGUACAAUGGAAAGCGCAAGGCAGAGUCGCGGACGGUUAUAUUAGACGAUCAACUCGAGAAGAUAUUGGCCGUCAUGGAUGUCGAGACUACGACUGUGGCAACGCAAGCUGAGGUAGAAGAGUCUACGGCUUCUUCUCAACUCUGCUACCGCUUUAUUUCGGAACCGGACAUUGACCUUCUAGACAAAAAACAGUUCAACGCGAUUUGCGAAACAACUCGUUCUGCCCGGAUUCCUCCCACGGAAUACUUUGCUAAACUGGAAGUUGCUCAGCGCUCUCUGAUGGAAGAAGCACUAGGUGCAAUUGAUGAACACGCAAUCAAGACCACGAAAGCACACUAUCAGUCAUAUAUGAACUGGAUGCGCGAGAGGGUUACGGAAAUCCCACUCAAAUCACCUCCCCAUUUACAAGUUAGCGAGAAGUACGAAUCACCCGAGCAGCUGUACCAAUCCGUUGAAAGCUACAAUGCCCAGGGUAAACUCUUCAUGACCAUCGGCAGAGCUCUCAAGGACAUCCUUGAAGGAACAGUUGAUCCCCUCCAGGUCCUUUUCGACAGCGAUCUUGGCUCAAAGUACUACGAAGCGUGCAAUCGGGAGGUGCUUUGCAACGAACCGCUUAUUCAGACUCUGCAGCUCGUUUCGCACAAGAACCCUCAGCUGAAGAUUCUUGAGAUUGGUGCUGGAACUGGAGCGGCAACAACGACGGUCCUGGAGGCACUUACGAGCGAAAAUGGCGAAUCGAGAUUUGCAUCGUACGACUAUACAGACGUGUCCCCUGUUUUCUUCGGUGCUGCGGAAAAUACUUUCAAGGCCCAUUCGUCAAAGAUGAAUUUCCGAAUGCUAGAUAUCGAGUACGACCCGCUCACACAGGGCUACGACGCUGGCGCCUAUGACAUCAUUGUCGCUGGCGGCGUUCUCCAUGCAACUAAGAACCUCGAGAUGACUCUCACAUAUGUCCGGUCCCUCCUGAAGCCCAGUGGAAGGCUUAUCCUAUACGAAGUCGUCCGAAAUGCUGACCGAGUCCAGUUUGCGUUUGGCUUGCUUCCAGGUUGGUGGCUAAGUGAGGAAGAAGAUCGCGUCAAUGGGCCAUGUGUGGGGGUGGAAAGAUGGGACCAACUUCUGAGGAAGACUGGAUUCUCUGGAGUUGACGUGGAUAUCCCAGACUUUCUGAAUGAUAGUUGCCAUGAAUUCAGCAUCAUGCUCUCGACCGCAGUCCAGCCUGAGGAGGACGCCUCGGCGGAUAAUUCCGACGUCAUCCUGAUACUCGGAGAGGACACCGUCGCACACUUUGGACUCGCGAAGGAACUCAGGGGGGCAUUAGAAGCUCAUGGCACCUCUCGGUGCGCAAUUCUUUCACUUGAGCAGGCAGCAACAUAUUCCGCCCUGGCGCAGUCUUUCUGCAUCUUCCUGACUGACCUUGACCGCUCCUUUCUCGCGAACCUGAAUCCUUCCACUUUCCACCAGCUACAGCAGAUGAUUACGCAAACUCGCAAGCUGUUGUGGGUGUCUGCAAGCGAGAGUAAAGCAUCGAACCCCGAAUCCUCCAUGCUCGAGGGCUUUUCUAGAGUUCUCCACUCAGAAUUCAGCGCGCUACAAUUGAGCAUUCUGGCUUUAGAUGGAGCUGUUAAGAACAACAGUAGCCACGUCAGGGCUAUCAUGAAAAUCGUGAAAGAGCUUUUGAGGCUCGGAAACAGCGACUGGGAGCCAGAGUAUGUCGUCCAAAAUGACAUCAUCCACACCCGCCGCCUCGUGGAUGACAAGUCGUUGACCGCACACAUCAACGUAUCUCAUCAGCCGACCCAGACCCAGAGGCAACCCUUUGGUAGCGGACUACCUCUGAUGAUGAAUAUUGGCACUCCUGGUCUCCUAGACACACUUGAAUUCAUAGAAGACCCCGAUUACCAAAAGCCUCUGGGAACAAACGACAUCGAAAUUGUUGUGAAAGCCACCGGCAUCAAUUUCCGCGACUGUCUCACUGCGCUUGGGCAAAUCGAUGGCAAGGUCCUCGGUGGCGAAUGUUCUGGUGUUGUUUCCCGAGUCGGAGAAUCAGCAGCCGUAGACUUCAAACCAGGAGAUCGUGUUAUUGCCUGCGAAGUGAACACCUUCCGCACCCUGACACGAUGCAUCCCAGACCGCGUCACCAAAAUGCCAGACCAGAUGUCCUUCGCGGAAGCUGCUUCGAUUCCAAUCACGUUCAUCACGGCUUACUAUUCCUUCUAUAAGAUUGCACAGUUGCAACCUGGAGAAUCGGUUUUGAUUCACCUUGGUGCGGGCGGGACUGGUCAGGCUGCUAUCCAGAUUGCGAAACAUAUCGGCGCUACAAUUUAUACGACAGUUGGGUCUGAGAAAAAGAAGCAGAUGCUCAUCAAUGAAUACGGCAUCCCUUCAGAUCACAUAUUCUUCUCCCGCAAUACCUCCUUUGCUGACGCCGUCAAGCGCAAAACUCACGGCCGAGGCGUCGACGUUGUGCUCAAUUCCCUGGCUGGUGACUCUAUGUACGCGUCUUGGGACUGUGUUGCUCCAUUUGGCCGAUUCGUUGAGAUUGGAAAACGAGACGUGCUGGAAAGGUCAAAGCUUCCGAUGUUUAACUUUAAUCAGAACAUAUCGUUUUCCGUGGUUGACUUAUCGAUUAUCUUACUGGAGCGACCUUGGCUGGCGAAAGAGUCGUUAGUGCAAGUUUUGGAGAUGAUGACGAAGGGUGUAUUGCAUGUGUCUAAACCUUUGACGGUGUAUGGGGUUGGGGAGGUUGAGGGGGCGUUUAGAAGCCUACAGAGUGGGAAUAGUAUGGGGAAGAUGGUGGUGGAGCUACGGUCAGAUGACGUCGUCAAGACCAACCUACACUCCAAAGCCUCUUGUAAUUUCCAAGAAAACGCCAGCUACCUCAUCGCCGGCGGUCUUGGAGGCCUCGGCAGGAGUGUUGCUCGCUGGAUGGCGUCACGUGGAGCACGAAACCUAAUCCUCCUUUCUCGCAACGGCCCCAAAACCCCAGAAGCUAUCCAACUCAUCUCCGAACUCCACAAUAAAGGCGUCCGAGUUGAGGCCCCAGCGUGCGAUAUUCUCUCCACAGACUCCCUCCUCCAAACCCUAGAGCACUGCACACAAACAAUGCCGCCAAUCCGCGGCUGCGUACAAAGCUCCAUGGUGCUCAAAGACGCGAUCUUUGAGAAAAUGGGAUUCGAUGAUUGGAAGACUUCAGUGGAUCCAAAAGUUACAGGAUCUUGGAAUUUACAUUGCCUGCUGCCUUCGAAUCUGGAUUUUUUCCUCUUCUUGUCGUCUGUAUCCGGCAUCACCGGGCUCGGUGGCCAAACAAAUUACGCCGCUGGUAACACAUAUAUCGAUGCACUUGCCAAACACCGUCUUAUGCACGGCCAGCACGCAACUACACUUAAUUUGGGGUGGAUGGUAUCGGAGGGUAUUGUUGCUGGGAAUGAGUUCCUAGAACAGCGGUUGAGAGCCAUCGGAUAUUUUAUCCCGAUCUCGGUGGAGGAAUUCCAUUCCUUGCUUGAUGUCCACUGUGACGUCCGCAGAUGCAGUGCGAUGCAGCUAUCGGAUUCCCAAAGCAUAAUAGGCCUUGAAACCCCGCUGAGAAUGAAACUCAAAAGCGCAGCAGUUCCGGAUUGGAUGGCGAGGAAAACUUUCGCACAUAUGAAAGACUCCCACCUCACUUCCUCCACCUCCACAUCCUCUUCUCGUCCCCCCUUCUCUACCCUUCUCCAGGCCUCCCAAUCUGUCUCUGAAGCCGCGAGAAUUGUCGCACAAGGGCUAGUAGAGAAAAUAUCCAAUGCGGUAGGAAUUCCAGAGGGUGAGAUUGAUACCAGUAAACCGCUCUAUGAAUAUGGGGUCGAUAGUUUGUUAGCAAUUGAGGUAAGGAAUUGGGCAAUGAAGGAGUGUGGGGCUGAGGUAGCGGUGUUUGAGAUUAUGGAUGAGGCGAGCUUUUUGGUUGUUGGGGAGAGAGUGGCGGGGAAAAGUCGGUUUUGUGGAGAGUUGGUAUGAAUGGUUCGUGUAUCCUCACUCUUCGCUGUACAGGAAAAAAAUAUUUUCUUAGUUGCCGUAAUAGCCCAGAGAAGUUGCAUAGGUCAACUCUUUGCAUUGAAGUUAGCAGGAGUCUCC